CGCGUGGUGAGACAGGGCGGUAUAUCUUAAGUUCACCCUCACCCGAUUCACUGAGAAGAAAAAAGCAUUUUUGAUAACGUCCAUGCCCAUAACCACAUCAAUUCUGUCACUAUCGCUCGCGGUUUUAGUGUUGUGCCCUGCACAUCCAUUUCCACUUCGCUGCUACCCUUACAGCCAAUUUCGCUGCCAUCGACGUCGGAGUUUUCGCAUGGAAUCAAUUACCCUGACCUAAUGUACAUGAAAAGGUCAAUAUAAAGAUCCUCACCCGUUAACGAAAAAAAAAAAAAACCCACCCUGCUGGGUGUUAAAAACUGGGUGCACAUUGGGAUUAGAGCAACAAACUGUAGAAAACGAAUAUGAAAGAAAAAAUUGCGCAAAUGAACGUGGUGGAGAGAGGGCUUUGGGAAAGUUCACGAGAUCCGAUUUUUCCCUCACCCUAACCCGAACCCUCCCAAUUCUACGGCCUUGGCCUUCAAGCAGUUUAUCUACAUUCUAGAAAUAACAGCCAAAUCUCAAAUGGGUAAGACCAUUUUCAGUUCACAAGCACGAUGUUUUGCGCUGGUCAAAGGAUUCUCUUUAAUUUCACUUUUUCACAAGAUUUCUUCGCUAUUUUUACUUUUCUUUUUUGAAAAGAGCUUGCUCAUCAUUACGUGGUGAACCAUGCUAAAAAUUUUAUAGAUCAUGCACACAAAACAUUGAAAGUUCGUAGAGGGACAUAAGAAUGGGUAAGAAGGCCAGGUAUCUAUUUUCAUCAAUACCUGGCCUGAUAUUUAUUCAUUCCCUCAGAGAAGGCUAAUAAAACAUUGUUACUCCACAAAUUUUUUGGGGCUUUAUGUACCCCUCUCAGAUCAGCCGUGUCGUUCGACUACAUAACAAUUCCAGGUACCCUGACCUGGUUCUAGGUGAAUUCGUCUACAUUUUAUCUAUGUGGUUGUAGAUGAAUUGUAGACAAAUUCGCCGGAUACCCCAGUACCAUAGGACCUAAUAAAAGAAUAAAUCGGAAGACAUCCAUACAAAAUUACUCUUCAACUGCAUUAAAGUAAAUAUCUCCUGGCGAGCAGCACAAUGGAGUCUAAAUCAGCACUUCAGAAUAGAGUAGAGGUUGCUGUUCGAGUACGACCCCAAUUUAUUGAGGCAGAUGCUUGCUGUGUCACCUGUAAGAAAGACAGUUUGGAAAUGGUGAAUCAUAGAGACUAUACUCAGAAUAUCAAAUACAAGUUUACUACAGUCUUUGAUGCUGACAGUACCCAAGAUGAUGUUUAUAAAACCUUUGUGGCGCCUAAAUUAGAUAAAGUCUUCAAUGGAAAAAAUAUGUCUGUUUUGGCAUAUGGAGCUACAGGAACAGGAAAAACCUAUACAAUGAUUGGAACCAGUGAUAAGCCAGGAAUUGUACCACAAGCAUUAAGGGAUUUAUUCCAGACCAUUGAAACUGCUACAAAUGGAAUGCAUACUUAUAGAAUGAAAUUGUCAUUUUUAGAGAUUUAUAAUGAAAAGGUGAUAGACUUGUUGAUUGUAAGUAAAUCUGAUCUGCAAAUCUGGGAAGAUACCAACAAAAACAUCAUAGUUCAUCGCCUUUCUGUGAAAGAAAUAGCUUCUUAUGAGGAAUUUGAAUCCAUAUUCCUGCCUGCCAUGUCACAAAGAACCACUGUUUCCAGCAACUUGAAUAGCCAUUCCAGUCGCAGUCAUACCAUUUUGAUGGUAAUUAUUGAGAAAACCCAAGUGUAUUCACCAUUUAGGACCAGCGUUAGUAAAAUACAGUUUGUUGAUUUGGCUGGCUCCGAGAAUAACAAAUUAUCUGGGAAUAAAGGCUUGAGGAUGCGAGAAAGCUCAUGCAUCAACAAAUCUUUGUUUGUCCUCCAUGAAGUUGUCGAUGCCGUUCGAAGUGGUCAGAAAAGAAUACCAUAUCGAGACAGUAAACUUACAAGACUUUUACAGGACUCCUUUGGUGGUAGAAGUUCCGCACUAUUGCUUGCAACCAUUGCACCUGAAGAGAGAUGCUACUACAAUACCUACUGUACGUUAAACUUUGCUACAAAGAGUAAGAAAAUUGUCAACAAUCCAGCUCCUUGUCAAGAAGACCACGCAUGUGAUCCCAAUUUGAAUGUUGACAAUCUUCAACUGGAUGUUGUAAAGGAACCAGUAUCUUCGGAUAUCUCAGUUGGAAAUGCAUCUGGAAAUACAUCUGGAUCUUCAAUUGCAUCUCCAACUUCAGUAGAUCUUGAAUAUGCCAGAGAACUUCUGCAAGUUAUUAAAGAAAGAAGUCGAACGCUGAGGACAACAAUGGAGAAAGAAAACCAUUCGGAGAAAAACAAAGAAACGACUGGAGGAAGAUACAUUUCUAACACUGGCAAUAUUAUUGACAGUAUUUCAAAAACUGAAAAUUCUGAGACUUUGCGUUUGUGUCCAAGAUCUUCCAGUUCAAGAGUAACAUUUGACAUGGAGAAACAAUCCCACAAUGAAAACCAAAUGUCAAAUAACACUUUGACUAGGAAUGCUGGAAUCCUGAAAAAUAUUGAGAAUUCUACACCUUUGCGGCCAAUUCCAACUCGUAAAUGUCAUUCAGAAAUAAGGAAACGUAGAUACAGUGAAACGGAUAUUGUGGUCAGUGACUCAUCUAAGGAUGAUGAAAUAUUGAUCAAACACCGACAUAAAACACACAAAAACCAUAUCUUGUGUUUGCUAAACUCUGAAAACAAAGCAGACAUUCUUCUCCUUCACACUGUUGGCACUCGAAGAGCUAAUCUGAUAUAUAACUGGCAGCAGAAACAUGGCCCUUUUCAAAAGGUUGAAGAUCUGUAUCAAAUUCUGGAUUUGGGAGAAAAAUAUGUCUCAACAUUUAUGCACAGAAAUUUUUUGCACUUUGACGAAGAAAAUAUGGACUCUGGUUGUUAAAAUACAAUACCAACCAAAUAUCAAGUAUUGAUAUAGCUGAACAUACAAAACUAAAGUUUGGUGUCUUGUAUUUACUAUAUUUCUCUGAGUUGUACCCCUAAUUUAGGGUACCUUCAUACAAAGUUUGAACUUUGCUCUGUAUAAGUUGCACCCCAGUUCUUAGUUAACAAUCAUGCAUAAAAUAGUGCAACCAGGAGCAGGUACAGUAUGUAAAAUAUCCAGUUGCUUUCAGUGUUUUUUUAUUAUUGAAAUAUUUUAUAAAUCUUAGAAUAAUUUAAUGAAUAAAGAAUCCGUUUUAAGGUUUAGAUAUAGCAAUGUUUAACAAUCUAUGGAUGGUUAAUAAUCUGAUAAUGCUUGAAUAAUCUAAUGCUGUUUGGAUGAAGAAUCUUUGUUUGAACAGUUUGACAUUUUAACAAUGAUCUACACAAGCAAAUUCAGCCAGAACUAUUUUAAGUUUAUUUUAUUAAAAUCUAUGUUCAAAAUUGUCAA